UUACAUCGCCGACAAGAACUUGAUAAAAAUGGGUAACUACUCUGUUGGAUUACCCGAAGAGGAAGAUUGCCAUUUCUUGCCUCUAAAACACGUCUAUGGAAUGAUGGCCGUGAAUAUUUUGUCAACAGUUAUUGGCACAAUCGGCAACGUGUUAGUGAUCGGAACGGUACGCACGAAUUACGCUCUGCAGAUAAUUUCCAACUUUUGGUUGGUGAGCAUGGCCGUCGCUGAUUUAUUCGUAACAGCACUGGGGCAGCCUUUGUUCUCAGUUUUCCUGGGUCUACAAAUCGGCGGCCAAUGCAACAUUUUCGUUUCGCAAGCGUUUCGCUUGAUUGCCAACAUGUCAUGCUCGGCUUCGGUACUUCAUUUGUGCCUAAUCAGCAUUGACCGCUGCCUGGUUAUCCUCCGGCCUCACGAUUUCAGAGAGAUUCGGACCAAAAACCGGUUCAAGAUAGCGCUAGUGAUCGCAUGGACAUUGCCGAUAGUUUACGGUAUCCUACGCCUGACCGUCAGCAAAACGGCAACGUCUUAUUUCACAGUCAUAGCCGUGGGCCUUUGCUACGUGGCUAUCAUCGUAUGUUACUCGCUGAUUAUUCUCAAAGUCAGAAAACAGGGCUCAGCGACACUAAAACGCUUUCGCAGUCAAAGCGGGAGAGGCGUUGCCUCGGAGCACGUUGUAGAGCGCCGUGUAACGGUCACUAUAGCGAUCGUUGUUGUUAUUUUCACGAUUUGCUGGUUUCCUCUGUUGUACCUACGCUCCGCAUUCGCUGAAGAAAACUUUGGCGUCGCUUACAACUGGGCAAGAACAUUGGCACUAACUAACUCAUCAAUGAACCCGUGGAUUUAUUGUUUCAGGAUAGCUGAGUUCCGUCAAGCAUACAGAAGACUUAUUAGGUGUCAGUGGAAGCCUGUUUGUACGUGUAAUGGAGGAACAGGAGAACAACGCGAGAUGACCACUGGUACGCAUUCUAGCGAUUUGGAGACGAGCCAUCAAGGACCGAAUGCAGUGUAAAAUUACACUUGUGCUCAGCGUGAGUUGAAAAAAUAGUUUUUCCUGCCUGACAGACUGGCUGAGAACUAGCUGGCGAAAUAUUAGAAGACCUUUGCAUCUGGGCUAGAAGUUUUCUCCACCUUUAACACCAUUCUACCCCGGAAAAUGAGCAGAAAACCUGGGAAGCUCAGCAAAGACUAAAAUAGGUCGUCGAUACCAACUGAUGGAGAAAAGACACUCGUGAUAUGGGAACUUGCAAAAACGCUUAAGAGGACGUUUGACCAUUGGAAUCAUAAAUAUCAAUUACUUUACAUAACGUAAAGAGUAUAACUUUACUUUCCAGUCGCGUUUUCGUAAUGACAAGUGUAUAUUAUUACCCAAUGUUUUUGUUCUGUGCGCUUUGUUGUCUUGAUCGCAUAAUCUAGCUUCAGGGAGGUACGAAACUAAAAGUCUACAAAAACAACUUUUUUUCAUUUUUUGAAAUUAACUUGUCUGCCAAUAUAACUAUAAACAUUAAACAGUUGAAGUGUUUGGAGCAUAUCUUUUGUUAGUUUGUGAUUGUAAUGUGUCUAAAUUGCUGAAAUAAAAGCCUGAACAGUGUAAUUUCUUUGACAGUUUUGAAGCGGCAUUCAAACAAAUAUUGAAGAUUCUCAGCCCUGAUGCAUGUUUUUGUCUCAGUGAAACAUAAAAUUCUUAUCCGCUGGUUUUGUCUCCGGGAAAUUCUUUUCAAAGAGGUUUGGGUGGUUCGGAGAUUUUCUGUCAUAAAAACGAUCAAAGCGGGAGUUUUUCGUGUUGAAUCGUUAAGCAUGUAUGUUUUAUGCAAAAUAAGCUUUAGCCCAAGAAAAAACAAUAUAAUUAAGCGACUAGACGCUUGAAUAGUAACAUAUUGGCAAUCUUAUUUUGUCCAAAAAUAUCAACCCGCG